CCCAAAGUUUGGGUAUUGCAGUACUGCUCUGCAGGUGCAAGCAUCACCAAACUCCAGACUCAAGAGCACAAGAUUGAUUGCUUUUUUUCCCUUUCAAGAAUCAAAACAUUUUUAGCAACAAUGAGCUCAAUCCACUUCACAUUGCUGUUUUUUUGGUUGACACAAGAUUUUGUGAGCUGUGUUAAUAUGAAGAUACCCACGGAAUCCUUGGCCGUAGUGUUAGGAGACUCUCUGACAUUAAACUGCACCUACAAUUGCUCCACUGGAUUUGUUCGUGGCUGUUGGAGCAAAGCAUCCGAUAACUCUGGCUGUCAUGGGAUAUUCAGCAAAAGCAGCUUUUGCACAAUAUCACUUUAUCUGUCCAAUGUUUCCACCGAAGAUCUCAAGAAAAGCUACACUUGCUACACACAGGACACAGAUGACCCUCUGCUUCCACAAAAGACUGAGCGUAUUGUUUUACUUCAACUUCAAGUUCAAACAAGUGCCCCACACUGGACAGUUACCACAAAGACUGGAACAAAAAAUGCAUCUCUUCCUGCUAAGCCAAAAGACUCAAGUAGAGGAGAGUUUACUGGAAUUAAGAUUUUAGCAACAGUUACUGUUUCUGUGGCCAUGGUGCUUGCGGCACUGGCUGCAUACCUGUGUAUGAACCGGAACAGACAGAACUGGAAUGGUAAAGGGGAGCCUGUUGUGUCCAGGACAGGCUCACCACUACCGUGUCAUGGCGUCCUCUCACCAGUGAUGGGGUCAGUGUCAACACAAAGUGAAAGAGUGACUCUGAGGAUUCCAACACCAGAUAAUGACAGUGACACUGAAGUUCCAUAUGCUGACAUUAUGAUCACUGUCCGAGGCGUCAGCACACCAGAGCUCACUCAGGUCGGCUACUUGACUCCUGGAGAUCAGAAAGAGUGGUGGGGAGAUGAUUCGAGGUCUCAGCUGCAGGCGUCACGAUCAGCUGACAGGCUUCACGUCAUGCUGCCGAGGGAGGUCAGUCGCAAGAUGAGCACCAACUCGGAAUACGCAGUCAUCACAUAUGCUUGAGGAGAGAGGGAGAGGAGCAAAACACGCCAGGUGUUGCUGUACAUGCUAGUAAACGUCCUGUGUCUUUUUCUACAUGGCGUCAUGAUGUAAAUGUAAUAUGAGAUUAGCGUGGUUUAGCGCAGGAACCCGGAAGUGAGUGGAUACAGAGGCUUGGGCGGCGAAAAAUUGUGUUAUGGGGAAGAAAAACUGUUGCGAUGAGCGAAUACACGUUGUGAUGGAUCACAGGACUCAGUGUCACAGCGGUGGCGUCUCGGUUUGCUCUUUCUCACUUUAGUUGUGAGCUCAAAAACUCUUCUCUAGCCACGGAGUUAAGGCUCGACUAGUCGAUCGCCAGUGAAUCGAUCAAAAAGUUGACAUUGCAACUUAAAAAACAGAACAUGCUGUCUACUUCACAAGAACGGGUAUAUCAAACAAGUCAUAUUAAUGACACAAAUGAUCGUUCGAAAUCACAAAGUGAUGGAUACAAUGCAUUCAAAAUACCCACGGGACACUUUUAUUUUACUGCAAACCCGUGAAUAUUAAAGAUAGUCAUCUGACGCCAUAUUUCAAAUGUUUCUUUUUUUACUUGUACUCAUCAUAUUGUUUGCUUUGUGUGUGUGCUGUGUGAAUAAUGGACAUGCAAUUGUGUACAAUAAAAGAUUACGUCUUGUGA